UUCCUGGUCCUACGACCCACCUCGAGGCUGCAGCUCACCCCUCACCGGGUCUCUCGCUGGUCCAGAGGGCUCGGGCACAUCCAAAGCUCCGUGGAGAAGGGGCUGGAGGGUGGGAAAAUCAUUCUGUACACACUCCAUAUAAGAAAGACGAGACCCAUCGAGGAUUCAGUACGGAGUCAACUGGAAAUUGGAGAUGUUGGACACGAUGGCCCCUGCCCUGCAGGACCUGGGCAGGCAGGUGCUGCCCACGCUGCCCUCGCUGAGCCAGGAGGAAGUCUCUAUUAUCUGGGGGAAUGUUUCAGAAUUUGUGCAAUGGCAGUUAACCCUGCACAAGGGGGUUCAUAUUCCAGGAUUUGGAACUUUCACUUUCAUGAGACAAAAGCUUGAGGUGGGAAACAACAAAUUUAUCUUAAUCCAGAGGCCUGUGUUUAUCAUGGCAGAGAAGCUAGUGCAGAUCCAUGGACUAAAACAAAACAAAGUAUACACUCCUGGUGAUAUCCCAAUUGUUCCACUUAAUUUUGUCAUGAUAGCCCUGGAGGGUCCAUUUAACAGAGAUGUAGUGGAAGGAUGUGUGAAGGAGACGUUGCUUUUUUUAUCGCGAUCCAUUUCCAUGAGACAAAAUGUGGAGUUUACAUUCAAAGGAAUUGGGGUCCUCAUGAUCAGAGACAGCAAAGUGAAGAUGAGGUUUUAUAAAGACUUCCUUUGUACCAUGGAUGGAAGUGGGGCUUUGGCAAAGGCCCUAGCAAAUAGGCCUGGCACUGUGGACUCGGUGUUGUCUAGCAGAGAUGCCUUGGUGAAGCGGCCCAACAGUGUGCUUGUGUUUCCAAAGAUUGAGCUCAAGGAGAUGGAGAACAAACUGCCUAUGGAGACCCUUGUAGAAGAAUGUGGAGCGAAUAGAGAAAGGAAGUGCAACUUAAAAGACCAGUCAGACAAAGAAGGCAUCAGAGAUAUCCCAUCACCCAAGAGACUUCGAGACAGACAAGCUUUGUUUCCUGCCAGAGUGACAAAUGUCAGUUUGCUAGAAAAGUCUGAGAGAAGUGGGAGUGGUGGGAAGAUUAUGACCCCUGAAAGCUUAUCAUCUUCAGAUUGUCUGAAACAUGACAGUGAGAUGAAGCCCAAAACAUCUCCAGCUUGCCAGGAUCAUAAUAAGGCAGGACAGGAAAUGUGCUAUGUGUGUUUGCAAAGAGCCCAACGAAAUUCCCCGUUGUACUACAGUGAGGAAAGGAGGAAGAGAGAGAUAGAAGAUGAGAGACUCAUACAGCAAUAUCAGAUGCUGAAAGAUCAGGAGGCUCUCUUCAGACACCAGAUGAAAAGUUUGGCUAUUAGAGAACAGAAUCAGAAAAAUGCUGCCUAUAAUCUCGGAGUUGCGGAAGCCAUAAGAAACCACAAGAAUGUGAAAUCAGAAUUUUAUAAAUCCUUCCUAUUUGACAAACGGCCACUCAGUCCUGCACUUAAUGCUCUUAAGCAGGAGGAAUAUUCCCAGAGUCUCCUGAAACAAAUGGAUAACAGACGGGAAAACGAAAUAAAGCAAAGACAAAACAGAGAGUUGAUGGACCACCUGGAACAAGUGCAACUUACAGAGGAACUUUGUGCGCAAAGAGCGAAAUUUUUAAAAGACAAGAAGGAAGAAACAGAGUGUUACAAGCGAGCUUUGGAUGCACAGAUAAAGAACAAACCCUCCCAGCUGCCCCUCUUUGAGCCAGACUCCUCCGAGCCCAUCUUUGGUAAGGAUGAGGGUGAACUGGUGGUGGAAAAGCAAAAGCGAGAACAGAAAUACAUGAAACACCAGCUGGAGGCAGCUGCUAACCACAAGAGGAAAGCCAUUCUGCAUCAACUGGUGGACCAGAGGCGGGAUUUACAAAUGCUUCAGAGGACACAAAGAGAGCACUUAGCAGACAAAACUGCUGAGCUGGAGCGAGUAAAAAGAAUCAACCAAUGCUUACAGGAGGACUGGGAAAGGAGUGCUGCGAUGAAGCAGCAGCGAGACCUGGAGGAGAAGGCUUUCGAACGGGCUUCAGACAAACUGUUUCUCCUAGACCAAUGUGAGAAGUAUCGGCGCUGCAAGCAGUGCCAGAGGCGCACCUCCAAUGUGGGCGAGAGCAACCUGUGGCCCCUGAACAAGUUCCUGCCUGGCUCCCGGUUGCUUGUGUAAAACUCAGUUUGGAUCUGCAUUUCCCGGGGACAGUUUUUAUCUUUUACAUGUUUGGGGGUGAUUGUGAAACUGCAAAUUUUUACCUCAGAGAAAAAAAAUCAUUGUUUAGGUUUGGUGCUUUCAUUAGAUUGCUUGUUAAGCCCUUAUUGAAUUCACUCCUGCCUUCCUCCCAUCCCCACUUAUUUCCUAUUCUUGUCUCUGAUGGCAGUGAAGGUGUCUGAAUGGUCCCCAGGGCUAGAACCUGCUGCCACAGGGGCUGGGAAAGGGACCCAGCUUCAUUAUGGCUGCUGUGGUGCUGCUGACCCAGCCCUGCUACUCCCUUUCUGACUUUGUGUACGAAACUUUUUUCGUCUGUAAUGAAUAGUGGCAUAAUAAAUAUUUUCUAAGGGCC